AUGGAGGCUUUUUUGGCACAAGAAAUAAGACCAGAAAAGGUGGUAUCCAUUACUAGUAACGGAGCACCUUGCAUGGCAACAUCUGGUUUCAUACAGUUCUUUGUUAAAGAAGCAAAACAUCCACUCAUACAGUUUCAUUGUAUUAUACACCAGGAAGCUCUUUGUGCCAGGGACAGCAGCAAAAAAUUAGAAGAUAUCCUCAAAGAUGUCACUAAAAUGGUGAAUUACAUCAUGGCUCGUGCUCUUAAUUUUCAACAGUUUCAAGCACUUCUUGAUGAGGUACAUGCACAGUAUAACACUUUACUUAUGUACAAUAAUGUCCGAUGGCUGAGCAGAGGACGAGUCCUGGAGAGAUUUGUGGCUUGUUUGGAUGAAAUUAGGCUGUUUAUGAAUGAAAAGGGGCAAGAAUAUCCCCAGCUCACUGAUACGGCCUGGCUUACCAACCUCAUGUUUUUUACAGAUUUUACAGCACACUUCAAUGUUCUGAACAAAAAACUGCAAGGUGUCGGGAAAAUAGCAGAAAGGAUGUUUUGUGAUAUCAGAACAUUUGAGAGAAAGCUGCAAGUUUUUGAAAGAGACAUUGAAAGUGGGCAGCUGAAAUACUUUCCAAAUCUAAAAAUACAUUUGGAAAAUUCUAUAAUAUUUACGGACAAUCCUCCAAGCCAUCAGGAAAUCCACAAGGAACUUUCUAGCAUUGUAGCAGCUGCUAAGGAGAAUUGUAGUAACAGAUUCUUGCAAUUCCGGAAAAUGGAGACAACCCUGUAUUUUCUCACUUCUCCAGAUAAAGCCAAAUAUGAAGAGCUUGAUAUUUCCUGCUUACACUGGUUAGAUUUAGAAAAUCUGGAAAUGGAGCUACUAGAAUUUCAAAAAAGCUCUAUCUGGAAAAAUAAAUUCUAUGCCCUGCGUGCCACACUUGAGAAGAUAGAAUGUGAAGGGAUGACAACAGACAGCACAGUUGGUAGUUCUGAAAAUGAAAUCCUUAAAGUGUGGAAUUCAUUGCCGAAUAAUUUUAAGUCAAUGAAAGCACUUAGGAUUGCUCUUCUUUCGUUGUUUGGUCGUCUUAUGCUUGUGAGCAGCUGUUUUCAGCAUUAA